CUACCGCUUCGAGUUUUAGUUGGGUCGAGAGAAAAAAAGUUGUCGAGAUGUCGGGGCUCUUUGGCGCCACGGCGAACACCUCAACAGCUGCAAGCAACACCACCGGGGACAUCUCGAAGGACGUCGCUCUCAACUCCCCACCCGAGGACAGUAUCUCAGAUCUACGUUUUUCUCCUGCGAGUGAACAUCUGGCCGUAGCGUCGUGGGACAAGAAAGUCCGCAUCUACGAAAUCAACGAGCAGGGUCAGAGUGAGGGGAAAGCUCUUUUUGAGCAUGAGGCCCCCGUCUUGAACUGCUGCUGGUCACCUGACGGGACAAAGGUCGUCGGAGCGGGUGCAGACAAGGCGGCUCGUAUGCUCGAUCUCGCUGCCAAUGCUACUGCGCCUAUUCAGGUCGCCGCUCACGACGCCCCGAUCAGAUGUUGCCACAUGAUCCCAAAUCCGGCCGGUGGCACGCCUCUCCUCGUGACGGGCUCCUGGGACAAACAGGUCAAAUACUGGGAUUUACGGCAGUCAACUCCUAUCGCUUCGUUAGAGUGUCAGGAACGUGUUUACACGAUGGAUGUCAAGGAUAAACUGCUAGUUAUUGGGACGGCGGACCGGUACAUCAAUAUAGUCGACCUCAAUAACCCCACAAAAUUCUACAAAACCAUGCAGUCACCUCUGAAAUGGCAAACUCGGGUGGUUAGCUGCUUCACAGACGCAAAUGGUUUUGCCGUUGGAAGUAUCGAAGGCCGCUGUGCUAUACAGUACGUCGAAGACAAGGAUUCGAGCUCAAACUUCAGUUUUAAAUGCCAUCGCGAAACACCGCCCAACCAGCGUGAUAUCAACAACAUCUACUCGGUCAACGCCAUUUCUUUCCACCCCGUUCACGGUACCUUCAGUACGGCCGGUGCAGAUGGCACUUUUCACUUCUGGGAUAAGGAUGCCAAACAUCGUCUUAAGGGAUAUCCCAGCGUCGGGGGCACAAUUUCAAGUACUGCCUUCAAUCGCACAGGCAACAUAUUCGCCUAUGCCGUGAGCUACGACUGGAGCAAGGGUUACUCGGCGAACACCCCACAGCUUCCCAACAAAGUCAUGCUUCAUCCGGUUGCGCAGGAAGAAGUGAAGCCAAGGCAGAACGCUAGGAGGCGAUAAUCGUAUUACAGCUCCAGGCUAGUCAUCAUUCGAGGUUAUUAAUGCAAAUGGUGAAAUUGGACGACUAGAAAGCAUACAUAGGUG